GCAGUAAGAUGGCGGCGGAGAGAGGACGGCGUUGAGGGCGCUGGUGGACCGGAGAGGCCGAGGGCCAGCUGGAAGGGGAGGCGGGAUUUCGGCAGGCGGGGAGUCCCAGCAGAGGGCGAGGGAUCGGCGCGGCGGAGCUAAAUACCGGGACAGAGGAUCAACACGUGUACAGAGUAGCAAGUUGCAAUGUCUGACAGAGGCUCCAGCGGAGAUCCUGGCAACCCCAGUGGGAUCAGACCUACUAUUACAGUUGGCAGGGGUCUGCCGGGCCGACGGAGUUCAGCCACCGUCACACCAGGCCGCCUGCCUUCCAUCCGUUCAAGAGACCUAACUCUGGGAGGAAUGAAAAAGAAAACUUUCACUCCAAACAUCAUCAGCAGGAAAGUUAAGGAAGAACCAAAGGAGGACGAUGCAUCACAGAGGAAAGAGAAGAAAGAGCGAGAAAGAGAUCGGCAAAGAGAUGGCCGAGGGCGAGGAAGAGGCAGACCUGAGACCAUUCAGUCCCAUUCCAUCUUUGAGCAGGGACCUGCUGAAAUGAUGAAGAAGAGAGCUGGUUGGGAUUCCUCCAUGGACAUGAAGGAGUUUGGAACUUCCCCAAUUAUUAACAUAAAGAAGGAAAAGCGGGAGUCGGAGGAGGAAACCAAACAGAUUCUCCGCAUGCUGGACCGGGAUGAUUUUAUUGAUGACCCUGGUCUGAAAAAUGAUGCCCGGAACAUGCCUGUGCAACUUCCACUGGCCCAGUCAGGGUGGCUAUUCAAGGAGGAGAUGGAGGAAGAAGACAUGAAGCCUGAGCUGACAGCCAAGGAGGAGAAGAUGGAGAUAGACAUCUCUUCUGUGAAAGUUAAGGAUGAACCUGGUGAUGGAGAUGCUGCAAAAGACAUUCCAGAGAAGCCAAGUUUGGUGUGGAAGGCUCCAGCUCUGCCAAAGAAUGUUUCAGUGGCUGAACUACUCCAGGAGCUCAGUGUGUGCAAAGAUGAUGAACUGUUGUUCCUUCAACUCCCCGACACGUUACCGGGCCAGGCUCCCACCCGUGAAGAGAAGCCAAUAAAGGCUGAGGUUCAAAGCGAGGAUGGGCAGACUGUGUUAGUGAAACAGGAAAAGAAUCAGGAACUUAAACAAGCUGAAAAUACUUGCUCACUGAUGGAUUUAACAGAGGGUCAGAUUGGGAAACUGCUGAUCAGGAAGUCGGGGAGAGUGCAGCUCGUUCUGGGGCAAGUCACCCUGGAUGUUACCAUGGGAACAACCUGUUCAUUUCUCCAGGAACUGGUUUCUAUUGGAAUUGGAGAGAACAGGACAGGAGAAAUGACGGUGUUGGGGCACGUCAAACACAAGUUGGUCUGUUCCCCUGACUUUGAAGCACUCCUUGAGCAAAGACACUAGCUUGGAAUUUAAAAUACAAAUAUUGAAGAUCUUGCAGAGCAAAACCAGCCAGAAACAAAAGUUGACAGCUUGGAGGUCCACAUGUUCUCUCUAACUGGAGAAUGUCAGGAGGCUUGGCAGAGUAAUGAAAGGACAGUUCUCAGAAGAGACUGGAGCAAAAGUUGCUCUUGGAUUGUAAUGUGUCAUGAUGAGAGUUAAUUCUGGUUCGUUCCCCUGCAGACCCUGCAGGCUGCUGGUGAGGUGGUGGCUAAUGUCACUGCAGACGUGACCAUGUAAGUGAUUUCAGACUACAGUUACACUGCCGAUAAAUCACCGGUAAUUUCAGAGGAAAUGAGAGUCCGAGCUCACUGGGGUACACCAGCCAUGAGGAAUGGGGUUUCUUUGUGCUGCUGUGAUCUCGGAGUUUGAGCUCUGUGUUUACAUUUGCACUGUUUCACUUUCUUCGCGUUGAUAAUUCCAAGACCCUUGCCUUGUUUCUCUGACAGUGAAUAGGGAGGAGUGGUUGGGAUGGGAGAUGUGCUUGGAGUGUCCCUGACAAUGCAACAGUCAAUACUGACAUUGACUAUUGCUCUGAUGUGAUAUAUUGCCUUUACUGCUGAAUAUUUUGCAAUUGUAUGAAUGAUUUAAAUACGCUUUAAAAUGUUUUUAACAGUAGUUGUAACUUGUUUCCCAGAGCUAGAAUAUACUCGAGUAUUGUAACACUGAAAUUGGACUUUUUUUUUAAUUCCUGAGACCACUUUACAGAACAUUUUUUAUAUAAUCCAGAAAUUGCAAUAUUAACAAAAGUCUGUGAAUCUGAAAGUGUUGCAAGUGGUGCUCUACAUUUUACCAGCAGCACUCUCAAUCUCCAGUUUUACCACUCACACCUAUAGAGACAGGACUGUAGCCCAUAGCACUUCACCUCACCUUUGCACAGCUUAAAACGUGCUCUCCAAACAACAAGGCAGUGUCUAACUACAGAAGCUAAAUGUUGCAGAUGCUAGAAAUGUGCAGUAAAAAUAGAAAAUGCUGGAAAUAUUCAGUAGGUUAAGUAGAAUCUGUGGAGAGAGAAGCAGAGUUAAUGUUUAGGGAUGACAAUUCUAUCACAGAUCUUGCCUGGGUUGCUUUGUAUUUUUUGUGUCACAUCACAAUAAUGAAGUGUACUGAGCAUGUUUUGCAUUUCUGGAGUUCCUCACGCACAUUCAUCAUUGCAUUGAAGUCUCAGUACUGUGAAACUGGAACUGUUCCUGGUUGAAAUAACACAUUUUCCUGCUCCUUUUGAACAAGGCUCAAGUCGAGUGAUACUAAAGAUCAGGAGGGAUCUAAGUGGAAUAUUUACUUAUUUAGGUAGCUACUCUUUAUAGAAUGCUUCAAUCACAGAACAUUUGCCAAAUGUAGUGAGAUAGAACAAUGGUUUUAGUUGGAACUGUACAGGAUGUGAACUAAUUAAUGCAGUGUUUCCUUCAGGUGGCCUUGAUGUGUAUUCUUAGAACAUAGAACAUUACAGCACAGUACAGGCCCUUCGGCCCACAAUGUUGUGCCGACAUUUUAUCCUGCUCUAAUAUCUAUCUAACCCUUCCCUCCCACAUAGCCCUCCAUUUCUCUAUCAUUCAUGUGGCUACCUAAGAGUCUCUUAAGUGUCCCUAAUGUAUGUGCCCCCACAACCUCUGCCAGCAGUGCAUUCCAUGCACCCACCACUCUGUGUUUAAAAAAAAAUUACCUCUGACAUCCCCCUUAUACCUUCCUCCAAUCACCUUAAAAUGAUGCCCCCUCGUGUUAGCCACUUUCGCCCUGGGGAAAAAGUCUCUGACUGUCCACUCGAUCUAUGCCUCUUAUGAGAUGUCCUUUAAAAUUGCAAGGAAAGAGAUGUGGGAAGUCUGACAGUGGCAUUCCUAUUGAUUUAUUGAUUGAUUUUAUCAUUUUUGGAUUUUUUGCUUGGCAGUUGAUAGGAUAUAAAACUCUUUUUAUUGAGUUGCAUCUUUGUUCUGCUUAUUUGGUCUCUGGGUGGUUCAUUGUAUAUGGAUCACAAACUGGCUGUGUAACACUACCUAUUACAAUCGCUGGUUAUUUUCAACAAGCCGUAUUGAAUAUAGCCAACUUCUCAUUCACCAGUAAUGAAUUGCCAAAGGUGCAAAUGACUCCUGAAGAGAAACUUAAUACGACUUCCAUUACUCAAGGGGCAUGGUUAUUUGGGUCAAAAAUGGUUGCAGCAGACCUCAAGGGAUUUUCUGUAGCUGAACAAAGGCACUGUGUGGUCCAGCAUUUAAUAGGCAAAAGUUUGAAGCAGGAAAAAAAAAUCCUCCUCAUUCAACAUCAAGUCUUUAUCUUGCAAAGGGCACAGUGUGAAAUUGUAAAAUGUCACUGUGUGAAGGUGUGCUGAGUCUCAUUGUAGAUGGAGGCUACCAUAAACUAUACCCUGCAUCUUAUUGAUCUGUAGCAGAGGUGUCCCUUGUGCUGCAACUGAGUGUGUGAAAAGGCAUC